UAGUGUAUAGACAUUAGGCAUACACAAGCGAUGCAUUGUCACGCGUAUCGGUGUGUAUCUUUUAUUGCCAUUUGUCAUCGGUGAACUCACAAACAAUAUUGCGUUAUAUCAAAGAGUGUUCGAUGAGUGGGCCAACCGAGAAGCGAGAACUAUGAAGUGAUUUUAUUUUUCUCCUAUUAAUUUACUUGCAAUUGUUUAACAAUCAGUGUCUAACGCUAGCAAAGUGCAUAGUUGCUGUGGCUCAACCGAAACGUAAAAUCGAGUUUAGCACAUAAAGCGAGAGCGCGACAUAUUUAUGCGAACGAAAUUUGGAAACGUUGAGAAAGUGUAAUGUGGCUGUGAGAUAGAAAAUUGAAAAAUCAAAUAAGUCACGAGUCCGAACUCGAAAUUUCUUUAAAGACGGGGCUCGGAUCCAUUUUUGUGCAACCGCAGCAUUGAACCGAAGGCACAACCAUGAAUCCGACGCCGAAAUACUUCAAGGAAAAGAGAUCGUUCGAUCAAAGAGUCGCUGAUGUAAAAUUCAUCAAAGCAAAACAUCCAAACAAGGUGCCAAUUAUAGUAGAAAGAUAUUAUGCUGAAAAGCAACUACCCCUGCUUGAUAAGACAAAGUUUUUAGUGCCAGAUCACUUAUCGGUUGCUGAAUUAGUUAAAAUUAUCAGGAGACGACUACAACUCCAUCCGACCCAAGCAUUCUUCUUAUUAGUCAACCAAAGGAGUAUGGCAAGCGGUAGUACCACCAUGGCACAACUUUAUCAACGAGAAAAAGACGAGGACGGAUUUUUGUACAUUGUAUUUGCAAGUCAAGAAGUUUUUGGCAUAAAAGCUGUAAAAGUAACACCAUGUGUUGAUCUCACAUUUGCGAUUACUGAAAAAUAGUAUACUUAUAUAGAAAUCCAUCAUGUUUUACUUUAAAGGAAUAUACCAUUUCAUAAAGCUAUUUCAGAGUUAUUCUGCUAUUAGCCCUCAAAUUCAUGUGUCUCUUUUUCUGUCUUUGCUCAAUUAGUUUAUUUUGUACCUACAAUUUAUGCUUAAACAAGAGGCACAUGCAAUGUUGUUCUCAUAACAUUGAAUUUUUUUCAAAAGAUACCCCUGUGCCUUUGUUUAGUCUUGCUCUCUCCUUUGCAACAGAAUUUAAAUCUUUAAAUUAUUGGAAAAAAAA